CUCUCUCUCUCUCCUCUCAAUUCUUCCAACCGUGUCGGCCUGACCGAAGCGAAGGGCUUCCCUUCUCGCCAUUCCUCCCAAUACAAAAGAGACAGACGGAGAGGAAGGGAGAGGGAGAGAGAACGAGAGGUGCCCACCGUUCCUUCCUCCUCCUCCUCCUCUUCUUCUCUUCUUCCGAAUGUUUCUCUUCUGAUGAUGAGGGCUGCCAAUUCUCUUCUCCCGAACCCUAGAUCUCCGACUCGUAUCGCGAUCCCGUCCCCCCUCGCCUCCUGAGAAUUCCGCGUGGAUCGAUUGCGAUAUCGCUUCCCUCUGGGCUGAAUUAUCGUCAGAUCUGAGUCCUCCGCCCAUGAUUCCUCUCGCGAACGGUAGCUCGCCCGGGUUUCCAUCUCUAGCUCCGCGGAUCUGGUGAUCUUUUGGCGGGAGAGUGGAGAUACAGCUCGCCAAUCGUUGAUUUAGUUCGUCGGAGGUGGAGAGGACCCGCGAUUGUGAUGAUUUCUUGCGGAAACCGUGGUUCUUUUGGGAGUGUUAGUAGAUCGAGUUGAAUUCUUCGGUUUUGGUGUUGAUCGAGAGGUGAGGUCGGAGGAAGAGGGGAAAUUCAGGAGUUGGGGGAGAAAUGAAGGGCUCGCUUCCGCUUCAGGCGGGGAAAUCCGCCGGCGGUGCUGGCGGCGGCCGUUUGUUUACGUUAGGACUUGUUUCGUCGUGGUAUGCUUCCAAUAUCGGGGUCCUUUUGCUGAACAAAUAUCUGCUCAGCAACUAUGGUUUCCGGUUCCCGAUCUUCCUGACGAUGUGCCACAUGAUGGCUUGCUCGCUCCUGUGCUACGUUGCGGUCGCCUGGUUCAAGAUGGUGCCAAUGCAGACGAUUCGGUCGAGGGUGCAGUUCAUGAAAAUCGCGGCCCUCAGCGCCAUAUUCUGCACUUCGGUGGUUAGUGGCAAUGUUUCGCUGAAGUACCUACCUGUGUCCUUCAACCAGGCGGUGGGGGCGACGACGCCGUUUUUCACUGCAGUUUUUGCUUAUAUUAUGACGGUGAAGCGGGAGGCUUGGCUAACGUAUGUGACGCUGAUUCCUGUCGUCACAGGAGUUAUCAUAGCAAGCGGGGGCGAGCCAAGUUUCCAUUUGUUUGGUUUCAUAAUGUGCAUUGGUGCAACUGCUGCAAGGGCGCUAAAAUCAGUCCUUCAAGGGAUCUUGCUGUCUUCUGAAGGGGAAAAACUUAAUUCCAUGAAUCUUCUUCUCUAUAUGGCCCCUAUUGCUGUGGUGCUUUUACUGCCUGCAACCUUGUUUAUGGAGCCAAAUGUGCUGGGAAUGACUGUUGCACUUGCAAGACAGGAUGUCAAGAUUGUUUGGUAUUUGUUGUUCAAUUCAUCAUUGGCAUAUUUUGUCAACUUAACCAAUUUCUUGGUUACAAAGCACACCAGUGCUUUAACUCUCCAGGUGCUAGGCAAUGCAAAAGGUGCUGUAGCAGUUGUGGUCUCUAUCAUGCUCUUCCGCAACCCUGUUUCGGUCACCGGCAUGCUUGGUUACACACUCACAGUUAUUGGUGUUGUUCUUUAUAGUGAAGCUAAGAAGCGGUGCAAGUGAACACCAAGAGCAUGCAGCACCACGUCGGAGCUCUGAUCAUGUUUGCAGCUGCAUCAGCUUGCCAGAUGCACCCCAUAUUCUUUUUGAAGUGGAAACUUGAAGGAAGGUUUCCAUCUUGUAUCAACAGCAGAAUAGUUGAGGAUAGAGAGGUCUCAAUAAAACUGAGAUUUUCGCUUUUUAUUUUAUGCUUUCCCUUUCGGGGAAGGAAAGGGGAUGUUGCUUGGCAUUCUUUAUUUUAACUUGGUUGCGAAAGAGUGCCGUAUAAUUCUUUUGGAGAAUUGGCCUUACACAACGGCUCCUUUUAUCUGUUAAUUUUCUAUUUAAUUAAUAUGAGAUGCUCCUUAUAAAAGUUAAAUUCUCGUUUAUGUCUCUUCGCUCAUGUACGACUUUCAAAUACGUAUAUUAAAAGGCUUUAGUUUUCAA